AUGGACCACGCAGCUAAUAAUGGUGCAAAAGGAAGCGGAGAAAGGGGCUCCCUUGAUCUUGAUGCGCUUGCAGCGGUUAUAUCCAAAGCUAGCAGCGAGAUCAGUGCCUAUUGUGGCCAAUCCGGUCACCCGGUUCCUGCCAACACGUCCGAGGGAGGGUCCGCGAAGCAUGCCCAUAUAAUCCCGCCUGACGCUGCGGAGUCUGUCCAUCAGGCCAGACAAACCAUACGGAAUGCUGCAUAUGAGAUCCUGUUGCUUUGUAGCGAGCCAAGCGAAUUUCUCGAGGAUCACGAAGUCAACGACUGGGUGGGCUUUAUGACCAAAUUCCUAGUCCCCACGGCCUGUCAGCUACCAGAAGCAACUGAGCGUUGGGGAGACACCAAGGAGACGAACCAAACGGCAUUGAAUUGUGCAUUCAACACUGAUUUAACAACAUUCGAAUACAUGGAAAGUAAUCAAGCCUCCUCUGAUUAUUUUGCCAGGUAUAUGCGAAGUCUCGGGAAGAGUGCCGGGUUUUUGCCGGACCAUAUCCUUAAGGGGUUCAACUGGGAGUCACUAGGGGAGGCACAAGUCGUGGAUGUCGGGGGAUCUUCGGGCCAAGUAGCCAUUCUCUUAGCAACCAACUACCCUCGACUCACGAUUAAAAUCAUGGACCUCCCUGUGACUACUGCCAACACCCAGCCCAUACUUGAUCGUCUCGAGCCAUCGGUGGCAUCUCGGGUAUCAUGUGUUGCCCACGACUUUUUCAAACCAUUCCCCGAGGUCCUCGCUGAGAGCACUGACGUAUACUUCCUUCGAAAAAUCCUCCAUGACUGGCCGUUCCCCAGUGCCCAAAUUAUCCUGCAGAAUCUAACCACUGCGUUGAAACCAGGAGCAGUAAUUGUCAUCAUGGAGACGAUCCUUCCACCAUCCGGAUCGAUUCCCGCACGAGCAGAAGCAAGGCUAUGCGUGAGGGAUCUGAUAAUGGCCGAAACUCAGAAUAGCAAGGAGCGAGAAAUGAGCGACUGGAUAGAGUUGUUUGAGAGUGUGACGCCCAAGUUGCGACUGAAGGGGUACGAACAGCCAUCUGGAAGUGUGUUGACCUUGCUCGUUGUGGAGGUAGACAAGUAA